UAGAUGUGUGUGUAGCUUGCUCGUUCGUUGACAAUCGCGAUGUGAUGAAUUCUACAUCAUCGCAUGCGAGUUAUAUUUUCAACACAAUCUUUUAAUUUUUAUAUAAGUUACUCGAUUAAUUUCUAAAUGUUUUCUUUCGUUGUGACCGCCUUCCUCUGUUUUAAUUUCUAAAUAUGUGUAAUUUGCCGCCGAAGUUCCAUUCAGUGUGUCGCCUUUGUUUAUCAUUCUGUGGCGAUAAUUGCAGUGAUGUUAAACUUCCAAUUUUCGACCGUGAUAAGGAUAAAUCUCAGCUUUCUGAGAUGAUAAUGACAUAUUUGUCGAUAGUGGUGUCCCCUGCAGACCUGCUACCUCAAGUGGUGUGUGGCAGCUGUGCUCACAAGCUGGAUGAGUUCCACACAUUCAGAGAACUGUCACAUAAAUCAGAAAGACUCUUGGAACAGUUUCUACAAUAUGCCGAUUCAUUAUCAGGUCCAAAAGAGGAGAUCCUGAAUAUAACGGCGACCAAGCUGGAGGAAAUAAUUAGGCCGCUCAACGAUGAGUACGAUCAGAAAAUUAAAUACGAGGUCGGCUCGCCGGACUCCACGGAGGAGAUGAAGAACCUGGAGAGUCGGCAGGCGGCGGUCACACUGCUGCAGAUAAAGAACUACGACCGCAACAAGUACGCGGUGAAGACGGAGGAGGACCCUCACAUAGUGUUCAACAGCGUGCCGGGGCUGCCGCCGGCGGAGCGCGCGCGCGAGGUGAUGCACUGUAACGCCGUCAUCGACAUCAUCAGCAAGGCGGUCGCGGUCGCGCAGCGGGAGAACGAGGAGUCUCAGAAGUUCCCGCAGAACUACACGAGCGUCAUCGACAGGACGCACGCGCCCAACGUCGACGUCUACACCCACGAGUACCCCGAUGAUAAAUAUAAUGCAUACAACGCGUCACAAAACCCGCCUAGUCCGGGGAGCAACGACGACCAUGACAAAGAAAUGGACCUGUCGCUUUAUGGGUCGGUUAAAAAUGAACCUGUCGAUCAGAACGAGCAAGUGGAGCGCGAGUCGGUGUUCUACCACCGGACGUUGGCGAAGAAGACCAAUUUUGCUGAUGAAUACAAACAACACGUGAGCCAAGCGGUCAGUAAAACGAAGGCUAAAGAAAACUCCUCGAUAUAUGAAGACUGCAGUCAAAGCAGUAGUGGGUCCGAUCCUGACAGGCUGCAGAUGGAUAUAUCACAGAUGUCUCAGGACGACCCUGAGGAAACACAAUCGGCGAGGUCAGCGCAGUCAUCGCCGCAGCCAACACAAGAAAAUGAAACUGAUAAGGAAUCCCUCUGGCAAGCAUUACAUCGGCAAAACGGUCGCGGCGGAGAAGCGACGCAGCUCCUCAGACGGCUGAUCAACAGCAAGCACCUGGGCAUGACAGUGUCUCCACUACGUGCCUCCACGUCCCCGCUCCCUUCUUCCUUGCAGCCAAAUGGCGCCGUCUCGCCGAACGGCGAGUGGCAGGGCAGCGCCCGCGGCGGGGGUGGAGGCGGCGGGGGCGGCGGCGGCGCGGCGGGCACGGCGCGCAGGAAGCAGAGCUUCCCGGCGCGCGCGCAGCCCGCCGCCGCCUGCGACGCGCCCGCCGCGCACCACGCGCACGACCACGAGCCAAUGGAGUCGUCGACGCAAGGCGUGGGCACCACCCGGCUGGGGCAGCGAGUGGAGCUGUCGUGCAGCAACUGCGGCACGCACACCACCACCAUCUGGCGGCGCGACGCGCGCGGCGAGAUGGUGUGCAACGCGUGCGGCCUGUACUUCAAGCUGCACGGCGUGCCGCGGCCCACCGCCAUGCGGCGGGACACCAUACACACGCGCCGCCGCCGGCCCAGGCACGACCCCAGGAACGCCAGGAACAAGUCCCGUCGCAGCAACGUAGCGUGCGCGGAGCCAGUAGAACCAGCUAACAUGGCGGCGGCGGAGACCGGCGCGGCCUGUACCGGGGCGGGGGAAGAGGCCGUCCUAGCAGCGCUGCGGAGACAGCUGCAGCCGCACCUGCUGGCUGCACUGCACGCGCAGAACACGCGGCAUCCGCACCGCGCACAGGCCCCGGAGUACGACGAAGCUCCACUGAACCUGGUGGCGAGUCACGUCGCCGCCGAGGAGACGCACUGAUACUGUGAUAGCUCGCCGACACACUGACACGUCAAUAAUAAUUGACACCAAUUGACAGGUCACAGGUCUCACCAAUAAAUCAAAUCGGAAUCAUGCAUCGGUAAUUCGGACACUUCGAGAUAAUUUUGCAUUUGGAAUAUUUUGUUUUCUAUUGUAGAAAUGUCAGGGCGAUUAUUUAUGAUGAAACUGUUUGAUGAUUUCUCUGGCGGAUUUUUCAUAUAAACACUCACUCCGUCAAUUCCUAACGGGGUGGGCAGAGCCACAGCAAAUCGGAAGACAACUUGUAUCCACUUUUAUUACGAUGUCCUAAACUCCAAAAUGAAGAUUUUUCUUCGCUUUAUUACAUUUUAGCAGAUUAAAAAACUGUCAGAGAAAUUAGCAGCCAUUAUCGUUUUGAAUAAUCACCCGCAACAUAAUUCUGAUUUGAAUUUUUGUAGAGUACCCGCUUUGCGUAGUGUUCAGUGUGACAGGCCAUACCCACUAGCCGAUACGUGUUCGCCCCACUAGACACUAUCGGUUUCCCUGAGGGCCUAGCCUUAUUGCAAAUUUCGUUUCGUAUAAUUGGUGAUGUAUAACUCGCGUGAAUUGGAACGCCUUCCAGAAACGUAUCGUCCUUGAUGUAAGGUCUUCAUUUAAUUCGAGUGGGUUAUAAAUUACUGCGAUCGAAACGUUUGCAACUUGCCUAGGCCCCUGAGCUGUUAGAGACUGCAUUGUAAAGACCAGAAUAGCGUGUACAAUAAUUUUAUCUAUUACUUUAUUGCGGAUUCUUUCACAUGUAACUGAAGGCCAGUUGAGCAUUUUUUUCAUGAACCAAUCCAUGACAAAGAUAGCUGAGUAUUACGGAUUUAUAUGUCGAAUUAUCGAUUAUGCACUUAGCACAUAGAGUAUGAUCAGACUAUGUUAAAAAUGAAAACAUAAUAGAAAUUAUACAUAUAGUGCAGUCAGGAAAUUAAUAAGCAAUUCGUGAGCAAUAAAUAUACUUUUAAAAUUUAAUAAUAAAUAUACAGAACCCAAUAGUGAUAUAGAGGCCAGUGUCUACAGACAACAGGAGUUCCAUAUUAGUUUGGAAUGCAACGAGUAUUAUUCAAAAGCAGGGCAUUAUUCUACCUGAUAUAGAUGCGAUACAGACACGGAGAGAAACGCAGAGUCAACUUGAAAUCGCAUAAAAGUAUACAUACAACGAAUGUAGAAACAGUUACUGACAUAAUUGGUUUGUACCAAAAAAAACCCUCUAACGUCAUAGUAUUAGUAAUGUGAUAUAAUGAUAAUACGUAUUUCUUCGUAGUUUCCAAAAAAAUAUUAGUUAAUUUAUGGAUAGAAAGAAGUCACUAACAGAGUUGGCUCGACCCAUGGUAUAAGAAGACCAGGUAUGCUCAAUCCUAUGACAAGCCGCCAUUGCUAGCCCUUUGAUGACGCAAGUUUUACCAUUAUGUUACCAUUAAAUAGGUAUCUCCAACAUUCCAAGGACGUAAAUUUUAUUACGAAAAUUAAGCGAAUUACUAAUUUGUUUAAUUACUAUUACUUGUCACAUAAACAAAACAUAAACUGCCUAUAUACGUCCCACUGCUGGGCACCAGCCUCCCCUCAAUCAACCGGAGGGGGUAUGGAGCAUACUCCACCACGCUGCUCCAAAGCGGGUUGGUGUCACAUAUAUAAAAUUAAUUAAAACUAUAGUAUUUUUUUUACUAAAAGUUCAAAAUUUCCUUGCAAAGUAAAUAUAAAAACAUUGGUCGUGGGUAAUUUAUUUUUUACAAAAUGGCAACACAGAGUGGGAUGACGUCAGCUGUCCUAACCCUGAAAUGUUAGCUGUCACUUUUGAGCAUACCUGGUUUUCUUAUACCAUGUCUCGACAAUUAUAAAUGACGAUACGGCUCACCUAUCGCGUGGUUUAGACAGAAAGCUCGGCGAUGCGUAGGUACCUCUGACUAGCCCAAUUGGGAAUACAGUCGCGAGCUAAUGUUAGAAUGAGCUUUUAUUCGAUUUCAUUGACUCAUCCACAUUCAUUGUCAUUGUCUUAGUGCCUAUUUAUGUAAAGUUAAGCUAGCCGCGAUAACACAGUAACCAACGAUAUAUUCCACUGUGUGCAAAUUAUUACAUGUGAUACGUGUGAUUGGUAAACUUGCAUUAGUAACGCAGCAUACGACGAGAGUAUGUUGGGGAAUUAUAUUGUGUAUUGAUGUUUUGGAUUCGGCUAUUUAUGAGUUAUAAGUUGGAGAAGAAAAGUGAAUCUCUGUGCGAUUGUUUGGAAGGAGUGAAGUAUCGCACGGUACGGCAGUACCUACGGUUUAAGCCUUGCCUUAAAUGCUCUCUUGAUUAUGACGAAAUUAUAGUACGGUUACCUAUUGCAGGAAGCAAGUAUUCGUUUAGGAUUAGUUUAUUUAAGAUAUUUGUAAAUGUUAUUAUUUUACGUAGUAUUAACUCUAAAUUCAUUAAAUUAUAGUUCUCUAAUUUAUUUCCCAUUUCGGUCAGUAUUUACGAUAUAAGUAUUUUUUAUUUCACUCGAGUAUUUUCUUUAGAUGUUUAAGGGAUACGAAAUGUGUUAAGAAGCAAUAAUUAUAAACAAGUCUAUUUAGUAUUUCUGAAUUUGUAAACCAUAAUAAUUCUCAAGCGUAUAUUUAAGGCAUAAGUAGCAAUACAGUUGAACAAUAAUAUUUUGAACUUGGAUAAUAAUGAUAUUUCACCAUGUAUUGUUAUAGUGUAACACUUGAAUUACCUAACGUUCAUACAUAGUUCGGCAUUAUUAAUGAUAGAUUUAGAUAAACGGUUUGUUUAAGGGACCUUCUUAUAUAUUUUUGGGCAUUUUAAUUAGUAAGCGUUCAUACAAAACUAGAGACCAAAUCUCUGUGGCAUUAUUUUUGAAAUUCUUCACCGGUUCACCUCAUUGUGGUCAGUGUUCGUGUUUAAUUAUAACAAAGCAUUUACACCCUACUCGGAACUAGGCUGUUUUGUUAUUGCUUCCGUUCUACUUAUUUAACUGUGAAUCCUUUUAUCACCGUCCUUUACUUGAAAUCUACUUAAUUUAGUGUUAAUUUUGUUUAUUACGGAAACCCCACGGGCCAGUAAAGUACGACAGUCUAUGAGACAUUGUGAUAACUUAGCUAGACAAUGUUCAGCCGCGCGGUUGACCACUGAUUCACGUGAUUAUGUUGCAGCUAUUACGUUCAGUAACUCGAUUCGCGUACGUAUCUAAGCUUACUGUAUUUAAAAGCUUUAAAAGUUGAGAUUAUUUAUUCUUUAUUGGAAUCACUGUAUGUAUAGUAAAUCACAGUUUAGUCUCAUCUGUGAGCGUGUAGCAGUUUACCUUGACAAUAAAAAAUCACGACUUUCUAGUACGUAACAUGUACUCGUAUGUAUUCACAAAAGUAAUUAUGCUCUCUAAAUAUUUCAGCGUUUUAGCUCUCUGUUUAUGAUAUUAAAAUUUGAAAUUAUCUUGAUAUUGGUUAAGCGAGAAGAGCGCAGCAGUGCGCUUAUUUUUCUAAAUAUGUAAUAUGUAAGAAUUGGUAUUGACAAACCAUGUGUAAAAUAAUCAAUAUACAUGUCAAUUUGUCUCCAAUGUUAUUCCGUAUGGUAGCGUAUUAGGUCGCUGUAUAUCUCAUAUAUAGUAACACACCGAUCUGAUGUUAGGCUGGAAGCAAUCUCCAACAACGUUGCUGCUUGCAGUAGUGAUACAGUAUUAUUUUAUGAAUUUUACUCUGUACAUUUUUGUCGUAGGUUUAUUUUAAUAUUUUGGUAGUUUUAUCUAGUUGACAUCCGAAUUCUUAAUGUGUAGUUUCGAUUUUCUAACUAAGCAACUUUGCUAACCUCAAGUAAUGUCUCCUAUUUUCCUAAUCUUGUAGUUUGUGUGAACAGGGAAUACGAUAAACAUACUUCCUUGGAGUUUCAUAAUAAAUGAAGCAUGCCAGUAACAGUGUAGCUACACCCCUCGAUCUUCCAAUUUGGUUAUUUAUUAUUAUUUAGGUUAAUUUAUGAAUAUAUUCGUGUUAAGGCGAUGAACAAAGUGUAUCGAUAUUUAGUUACUAACAAACCGGUUGUGUUGUGUGUGCUUACGCUCUAACAAGCAUGUGUUUGUUCGUGAUUGUGUUUAUUUUGUCUCGGCCGCGGACAGGGCCGACGACGGGGUCCCAUUUUGUGUAUUAUAAUUUAUGCUGAAAUAAUCCACUUUGAAUCUCCUUCAAAUCGUUUCUCUAAGACUGACAGACGAUCUUAAACGUAACUUUUCUAGCUAUCUCAUUAAGUAGUGCUCUAUCUGUAUUUAAAUUGUGAUAUACUGUUUGAAAUGUAGUGUGUCUCCAAAAGCAAUAACGAUUGUGAUAAAUAAUUGAGAAGUGCAUUGUAUGCAAGUCCCAGAAGUAGUUUGGGUGUUAAAUUAAUGUUGUCAAUUACAAGAUAAUACUCUUUUCCCACUCUAUACAUGAUCGGACUUUACUAUUCUAAUAGUAGGGUAGUUUCCAAUUAGUCAAAUCAGUUGGGUACUUUUUACUAAACGUCAAAACACGAAAUUAUUAUGGAAUUUGUAUGAAACAGCAACCUGUGAUGUUAUAGAAACACAUGACAAAAUGUCGCACUUAUUAUUACUUUUUUCUUUAUUAAAAUGUAUAAAUAAUUUAAAUAGAAAACAGAAAACGUUUUUGUCACCUUUAGAUCUGUCUUUAUUUAGUAAUCAGAAUUUCAUAAUUUAUCUUUGACAUAGGAAACUACCCAAUUACACCGCCGACAUUGACAUUGUGACAAUACGUUGACAUCGGUACGUUGUACCUAAAUCAAGUAAUUUCUUUACCAUAUUUUAAGUUUUUUAUAGUAAACGCAUGCGUAAGAAAUAGUGCGGCUAUUGAUAGCGUCACAAUAAGUUCAAAACAAUUGCUAGGAAGUUUUCAAAAAUCAAUAUAGUUUAUUUUCAUAAUAAUCACACAUUACAGAAUUAAGAAAAUUCUAUUAUAGUUGUAUUGUACAAUGCUAUCAUAUAGUCUUAUUAUUUGUUUACUUACCUUUUAUAGUUCACUACUUGGCGUGUUGUAUUAUUGUGGCGCCACUAGUUCGUUCAAUAUCUCGAUACACAGAAGUUCGAUCAUGUAAUAUAUCUACAUAGUUAUAAAGUUCAAGACUCUUUUUUUUCUAAAAUACACUUUUAAUAGAUUGUAGAUUGGUUAAAAUAAUUUCAUGCUUAUAAAGGUGCUAAUUCCUGUAAACACCAUCUAAUUUUAUUUUAAGUUAUACCUGUCAUUUUCUUAUACGCCGAAAAGGAAAGGGACGGAUGAUUGACAACUGUUGUUUUAAAAUGAAUGAGUGAAUGAAUAACUCGGUCGAACCAAAUAGGUAUCUCGCUGGUAUGCAAACUCCUUAAAUAUGUAAUUAAGUUUAUUUAUUAUUAUAUCAUCCCAAACUAAUCCUUUUUCGUGUCCUUUCCGUUAAUUUUAUAUCUACGUUUCCCUAACUUUGGUGAUUGUAUAAAUGCGAAGGCGAAGCCAUUUGACAUGUGUUGUCAACUUAAUUCUGUCGGGUGGGCUAAUGUAAAAUUUUUAGAGGGUUGUAUUAGAUUUCUGUCUAAAAUUGACAUUUUAUGACUGUCGAUUUCCUUUUCGGCGCAUAAGAAAAUGACAGUUAAAACUUAAAAUAAUAUUAGAUGGUGUCUACAGGAAUUAGAACCAAUAACUUUGAUUCUGAACGUAUUUACGUAUAACUUGUAUAACGUUGCAGUAACGACUUGGUAUGAAUAAGAUUAUAAUUAAAAUACAAAAGCAAUAUAUAGAAAGCUUAAAGGACCAUUUGUUGUUUGUUGUCGUGAAAUUACGUAACUGUAUGUAUCUAAUGUAAGUUUCAGCAUAAAUUAUCCGAUUGAGAUUGUUCAAGUGAAGAUAUGGCCGGAAUACUCAUUGUGAAACAUUAAUUAUUGUUGUAUAGAUGAUAAAUAAUGUGACUUACGCAGGGAUGGAUACUUAAAUUAUUAAAAUUUUAACUGAUAUAUUGGCUAUGUAGUGAGUAGAAUAUUUUUUUACAAAUAAAUUAUAGCAGCUAA